AAGAAAACCACAGCCUCCAAGGGCUCCAAGGACGACAAGAAACCAAAGAAACCAUCGACGCACCCGCCGGUCAGCGACAUGGUUUUGGGCGCUAUCAAGGCCUUGAAGGAACGUAACGGAUCCUCGCUGCAGGCCAUCAAGAAGUACAUCGCCGGCAACUAUCUUUGCGACGUUGCAAAGUUGGCUCCGUUCGUCAAGAGGGCUCUGAAAUCCGGUGUCGAGGAGGGAAAGCUGGUCCAGACCAAGGGAACUGGUGCUUCGGGUUCUUUCAAGGUUAAGACCGACGCAAAGAAACCAGCUGGCGAAAAGAAGGCUAAAAAACCAAAGAAACCAGCUGACAAGAGAAAGGUUGCCAAUAAAACUGAUGAAAAGGUCAAGGCUACUCCGGCCAAAUCUGCCAAGAACGCUGCCGGAGUAAAGAAUGCCGCUGCUUCCAAGCAGAAAGCAACCAAAUCAUCAAAGGCUGCAACCGAGAAACCGAAGACCCCUAAGCCAAAGAAAGCAGCUGCUCCAGCCAAAAAGGCCGCCCCGAAAAAGGCUGCUGCUCCAACCAAGAAAGCCGCCCCGAAAAAGGCUGCUACUCCAACCAAGAAGGCCGCUCCGAAAAAAACUGCUGCUAAAAAGUAA